AUGUCCAUACUUUUGCUUCUGGCAAUGUUUUUAUGGUCACAAUCUGAAGGUGCCCUUCUCCGAAAAACCAACUUGACCAUCUAUUUCCAGGAUCGAUUUGCAGGACCCAAUGCGACCACUGUCCCGAUCACUGGCAUCCCCGGUCACCUUUGGACGUAUGGGAGCUUUGGAACUGUGUUUUGCAUCGAUAGUCCAAUAACUGAAGGCCUUGAAGGGAGCUCAGAGCAACUAGCAAGGGGCCACGGGGUCCAUGUGACAUCGGCAUUGGAUGGUUCGAUUACAUACGUGUCUAUAUCAAUUGUGUUCAUCACUAAAGAGUCCAAUGGUAGCACCAUACAAAUCCAAGGUGCUACCAAUCAAUAUGUGAAGGUGAGAGAGCUUGCAGUGGUCGGUGGAACCGGACAAUUCCGUUAUGCAAGGGGAUUUGCUACAUUUGAGACGGCUUAUUUGGACAUGGAAAGUGCUUAUGCUGUAAUUCAAUGUAACAUCACCAUGUUUCAUUUCUAG